AUGGGAAAAAUCUACCAGGUCGUGGUGCAUGGAUUCAGAGGGGAGAAGGUGACCAUUGACCUGUGCAACACGGAGGAGCAGAUGAAGAGCAUCACGGUGCUGCAGCUUAAAGACAAGAUAUCAGAGAAGAUUCCCACGAACAAAGCAAAGCACGCCUGGCGUAAAACCACACCGUCUCCCUCCACCUCUGUGGCUGAUUGCGGGCCCCUGGGCAUCAAGAGAGGUACAGUAUGUGUUGACACAAAGAACAACAAAGCAUUUGAAAGGCUGUGCGUGCACGAGACAUGCACAUUGAUUUCUGCUCUCCCCUCUUCAGUGUAUGAACAGCAAGACGCUGCCGAGUGCUUUGAGAAGAUUUUAGGUCUGACCAGUCCUGAGGCAUCAAAGAUCUUUCGUGGACAGUUGACGCGCACGACUGAAUGUUCUACAUGUCUCAGUGAGACGAAAUCUGAUGGAGCGUUUUGGCAUCUUCCUCUUGAAUUGGUGGAGUCCUACAGUGAGGACUACAGCGUGGUGAAUGGUAUUGAGGAGUUUUUCCGAGAUUUGGAUCUCAGCGGAGAAAACCAGAUGUACUGUGACGAGUGUGAUGACAAAUCUGAUGCUAAGAUUAAAUGUGCAAUAAAGGAUCAUCCAGAGGUUUUGAUGCUGCUGCUGAAGAGGUUUGAGUUUGACUACCAAUACAUGGCAUAUGUAAAAAUCAACUGCACUGUGGCUGUGCCCUACACACUACAGAUACCUGGGAAUCAGACGUAUGAACUGUAUGCAGUUGUGGACCAUUCUGGAGAUCUUAGAAGUGGGCAUUACACAGCAACGAUCAAAUCUCAAGAUAAUGAUCAAUGGUAUAACUUCAGUGAUUCGAGGGUCACAUUGUGUGAUUACCAGCCAUUCCAGGUGGAUAACUUUAAAAAGUAA